AUGGCGACGUAUUUUGGCGUCCCAUUCAUUUUUACAUUCUCAUUGUUACUAAACAGAGCGUAUGUAGACACAGUAAACAUUUACGAUUGGGAGAUUCAAGGAGUUGACUACGAUCAUUCAAUUACCUUUAAUGUAAGUUAUACUAAGUAGUAGAAAAGCUUUACAUGUACCUACAUUUUUAAAUUUGUAAGCGCGGCUUGUGUGGAAAGUCGAAAAAAAUGUUUGAAGCACAAUGCCAAAUUCGCCAAAUAUGUAUAUAGUGGGAAACUAAAUAUUUUCACUUUAAAACUCAAAAACGCGGAUUAAAAUUUGUUAUGGGUACUAUUGGUGGUACAAAGGCUUUAAAUAAAUAUUUUGAGCUGAUUCUCAGUAAAACGGGUUACGUACUUUCGUUAUGAGUUUAAAAGUAAUUAAUUCAGAUAUCAAUGUCAACUCGCACCUUAAUUUUUAAUGGGUGUACUGUAACUAUGUCACUGUUGCUUAACCUUACUACCAUUACACUUCUAUUUACCAGAAAACAAGUCGAUAACAAAUUUUCAAUUAGAUUUUUGGCCUACACUUUGUUUGUUUUUGUUUUGCAUACGACUUUGAUUGGGUUUGUCGUACGUUUUUAAACGAUAAUUUAAAGUACAUUUAAACAACUUUAAGUUGCCGGAAAUUCAUAAAGAUUUUAUUUUUAAUCAUACACACUUUGCAUAACUCCUAGUUACUUUACCUUGAAAUUGGAUAUCUUUAACAGCUAAUUUUUAGUCAGUGUUCGCUUCCCUUCGAGCCUACGGCGAUGGUUCAGUCCAAACCAAAGCCAUGUUUCAGACAACUGAAAUGAUCGGUAUUCCAGUCGUUUCUUCAGCUUUAUCGUUAGCUCCUGGAGUUCUUCUCCUCUUAACGUCAACUGAUCUUCGUGAAUAUACCUGUCCAUUUCAGUUCAGCCUGGUGGGAUUCCCUACUACUAGCACUGUCAACAGCAGUCUUAUUGUUAAUCCAAUUGUUAGAUCAACUUAA